AUGUCCUCAACUUACCAGACCGCGAACCCACAGCGAAGUUUCCACGACGCAGUGCGUCGAGGCGACCCCAAGGAGCUCACCCGCCUGCUCAGCGGCGCGCUGAACGGCACCUUCAACGUGAACGUGUUCGAUGGAGAGGGACAAACCCCGUUGCACCAGAGCGUCCUGAUCGGCGACCUGGAGCUCGUCAAACUCCUGGUGCAAUUUGGAGCCGAUGUGCGGCUUGCUAACAAGGAUGGGUGGAACGCCUUGCACAUAGCCGCUUACGGCGGCCAUGACGAUAUCGUUCUGUAUCUUAUCCGGAGACGAUGUGGAAACGACCGAAAACGGUGA